AUGCCUUCCGCAGAGACUCGGCUGUGGCCGAACAAAUUGUAUUACAUGUUGAUGAAGAGCCUCAAGGCCGUGGGCUGGCUCCUCACUGCCACCUGGACCUCUACUCUUUCUUUGAUCUGGCUAAUUGGCAAUACUAUCUUCAAUUGGUACAGCAUCAUGCUGGGGCCAACGGUAGGCGCUAUCGAACGAGCUGAGCACGAUAUGCCUAUCCUGGAGGGCCAAAGCCCACCGUCCGUGUCGCCGGCAUCGAGCCUGACCGUCAACCUGUCCGAAGGAAGCCCACCAAAUCCUCCACUUCCUGAACCACCACAACUGAUAGUUGACCCGGAUGAGCAAGAUUUUCAAGGCAUGGGGGUCUGGGGGCACUUCUGCAAUGGGGCUGAGGAUUGA